UGUUAGAAUUAUAAGAUUUUGUAUGAAAAUCUUGUUUCUGGUUUCUGACAAAAGAAUACAGGGAUAUGGUAGGAUUUGGACUAUGUACCUUUUGUUUAUAAAGCAAGUGCACCAUAACCACUAUCUAGGGGUCAACUGAAUGACACUAAAAAAAGGAGGGUGGAAAUUUUUUUAGUGGAAAAAUUAAAAACCACAAUGAUAAUACUAUUAAUUUUAAUAUUAUGCUCUAAAAAACAUAACUGUAACUAACGAAAAGUCAUCAAGAAUAAAGAUUAAUUUUAUUACAAGAAGGUAUUUCCAAAAAUAUUUCAAAAAACAAAAAACAACUAAUAGAACUUUUUUUUUUUUUUCAUUAAUUUUACAGAAUACCCUGAAAUGAUACUAGACAUUUUUAUGUUGUUGUUCAAUUCUGAAAGUCAGCAUUUAAGAUCCAAAUAAAAUAACUUUUUGUAAUUGAAUAAUUUAAAUUAUUAGCACCAUUUGUGUUGAGAACUAUAGUGUGUUGAGAACGCCAUUUGUGUUGAGAUCUGUAGUCACUGCUAUGAAAUUUGACCGCCAGGUUGAACUUUGUGUCAAUUUAAAAAUGUUAAUUAAUAUGGUUACAAAUACUAUAUACUAUUAGUAAACAAUCAAGUUUGAAAUCAAAAUCAUGUGCUAUCUUAUGUUAUUAGUGAAAAAUAAAUUCAGUAUUUUAUCCAUUUUAAAUUUUUUUAAAAUUAGUAACCGCGGUGAAAAAAUGUUAAAAAUCCCUGGGAACUAUACAAAUCAUAGGUAGAGAAAAAAAUUAAAAAAUUGAAAAUGGCGACAAGGUUCAGUGUUUGCUGCGUUUGCUUAGAGCAUAAAGAAGAAAGAUCAAAGAAGUUAUUAUCAGUUUCUGAACCAAUCCUUCAAAAAAUAAAUACUUUUAUUAAUUAUAAAUAUGAUCCAAACCUAGAAGCAUAUUCUACUAUGAUUUGCACUAGUUGUCAAAGAAACCUUUAUCUACUUGAUGCAGAAAAAAGUACUGCAAGAAGGUCUUGGUUAUCAAAAGUAUCCAAGAUACACGAAGAAUCAGUAGUCAGGCGUGGUGUCAACAUAAUAGAUUUUGUCCAAUCAGCACAAUCUGAAAUUGUCAAUGACACGAAAGAGAAUUUAUGCCAUCAUUGUUUUGGUAUUAUUGGUGCUGGAAGACCUCACAAUUGCUGUAAAAGUCAGGCAGUUAAAAAUCUUACAAAUCUAACCUUUGGUAUUGGUGCUAUACAGGCAAAACAGGUGGCUUCAAAUAUUAUUAAGACUAAAAUGGAUAACUAAAAUUUAAUACAAGAAGCAACAUUUAAUCUAUCAACAGGUGGUAACCUAGUUCAGAUUACUGUAGGAGUUUCAGGAUUAAAAUCAGAAAGAUCUAAAUCUUUAAAUAUGAUGCCUUUUCAGAUGCUGCUAACUUUACAGACCAUUUUGGAACUUUCCAAAGCAAGUACUCAGGUCUUGGUUUCCAGUCUAAAAAGUUCAUUUGGAUCAAAUUGUAUUACUAAAAAUGUAUUUGGUAAACUAAACAAACUUUAUUCGCAUGUUGAAUCUUUUUAUUUUGCAGAACUAGUUGAGUUUAGAGGAAAUCAAGGGUCAAAAAUUGAUUGCAAUUUGGUUUAUGUUAAGAAUACAAGCGAUUUUAUAAUGAAUAUUAUAAAUGAAAGGAAUCUUGACCCUUUUAAAGCAUUUGUGAAUAUAGCUGUGGAUGGAGGUGGUGGUUUCUUGAAGGUUGCUUGUAACGUGUUUGAUCCUGAUAAUCUGCAUUCAUCUUCUUCAAAGUAUCAAGAUAGUGGAGUUCAGCGUUUACAGAUCUUAGCUAUAGUUGAAGACGUUCCUGAAUCUAACUGGAAUUUAGGAUUAAUUAUAUCAAAACUUAAGCUGGAAGAGGUUAAAUUUUAUAUGGCUUUUUAUAUGACUUUUUAUAUAUAUUAUUUAAUUUUAUAUGACUUAAAAUGUGCCAAUGCUGUACUGGGUUUGUCUUCACACUCUGGGAAAUGAAUGCAUGUUUGUAUUAUUACAGGAUUAUGUUCUUUGACCUCUGGAGAUCUUAGAACGUUUGGAAAUCUUGAUUACUGGUCUCAGAAUUAAAAUAAUGAUGGAUGUCCAACAAAAAAAAUGUCAAAUUAUAUGAAUGUUAUUAAUAAAAGGUUAAUUUAUUUAGAUGAGGAUCCUGAAACAUUAAUUGUUCAUAAGAUAGCUCCACCAGAACUGCAUUUAAUGAUAGGUGCAGUUGGAGUUUUAGGCAAAGUAUUGCUAAUUAUAUAUGAUCCUGGAUUUAAAACUUGGCUAUCUUUACAUCAUAUUAUUUUUCGAGGCUACCAUGGAGUUGGUUGGGACGGAAAGAAUUAUAAUAAAAUACUUAAAAAAAUAGAUCUUCUUGAACAAGCUGUUAUAAAGGAAAUCCCAGUACACCAGCAUCUGAUAUUAUCCGUAAUAAAUUGUUUGCAAGCUUUUAAAUCAGUAAAAGAUGCAGCUUUCGGAAAACAUUUAAACCCAGAAUAUGAAACAAUUAUCAAAAACUUUGCGGACAUUUUUAAGUCUUUGCAAAAUGAUAUUCAUGAUGCAAAAAUAGAGGGAUUAGCCUUAAAAACUACAUGGAAAUACAUAUUAUUGUAAACCACAUAAUUCCUUUUCUAAAAUAUCAUAAUAUGGAUCUAGGAAAUUUUGCAGAACAAGCUGGUGAGACAGUGCAUGCUAAGUUCAAACCUACCUGGAAAAGAUAUAAAGUCAGCACUAAACAUAGUAAGCAUGGAGAACAAUUAAAAAAAGUUGUUGUUGAUUUUAACACAAGAAGAAUUAAAUAAUAAUUUAUGUGUUGUAGUCUUUUUGUUGUGAAUUUUAAAAGGGCAGAUCCAUGAUCUCAAAUGAGUAUUACAAAAUACCCCAAUUAUAUUUACCUUGUGAGGGCAAUAAGAUAUAUAUAUUUUUUUAUAUAUAUACUGUCUUAAAUAUUAUUUAACUCACCAAAAGAUUUCCAAUUUAGUUCAAAAAAUCUUUUGGAGUUAAGAACUGGUGACUAUGUUAACAAUGCCCCCUCCCCCCUUGUCUAAAUCAAAGGGGUCAUUUAGGGAUUUUUUCAUACUUAGCUCCGGAUUUCAAUUUUAAACUAAGUUGUUUUUAACUGCUAUAAAUUAGUAAAGACUAAAUCAGUCAGAAUUUUUUAAUUGACACGCAUUUCAACCUGGCAGUCAAAUUUCAGUGCAGUGUAGUGUGUGUGAGCUAUGUAUGUGUAUUGUGUUGAGAGCUCAAAUUAUUCAUACCACAAAGUACGAUUUAGUAGCUGACCAAUUAAAAGGUUUUUCUUUUUUGAUAUUUUUAUAAUUUGAUAUUUACAAUUCUAGUUAUACUAUAAAUAAAAAUGAAUAAAAUUUAAAGUUUAAGCUUAGUUUUAAUUGGUUAAAAAUGCUGAUUAUCUAUAUAUGUAGGUUUAUUUCAUUAAAUAAUUUACAUUGGUUAAAUUAUAAUUAUUGAAUCUUUUAAUUUAAACAAUCCAACAAAUUUUUAUUGACUUGAUGGUCCAACCUAGAAAUAAUGAUAACUUUUACAAGGAUUGUCUUCAUUAUUUUGUUUAAAAAGAAAGUUUAGAAAGGUUGAGAAAUGCUGAUUUAGUCUACAAUGUUUUUUUAGUUUAUAUAUACUUUCUUUUAGAAUUAUCAAUUAUUUAAUACCUGAAAAAGUUUAUUUUCUUUUCUAAUCAACAAUCUUUUUUUCAU